CAAGAUACGGGUGGACGCACCGCGUGUACCUGAGCCAAUCACGUUUGAGACUGUGCAUGCGAUCUGCUGCACGGCGGCUGCUGCUGCUGUCGUCUCUGCCGCCCUUCAAUACAUUCUCGUCCCUCAACGCAGCCGCAACGAACAGAGGAAACCGUAAGCUCCAACUAUAAAACCAAAUAAUAUCAAUAAACAUAUUUUCUUUCUCGGAAAAGUACGCCUAACUACCUGAAACGUUAUCCGUGCAGAUGACCUAGUAUGCGUUGUACCCUCCUACCUCUCUCGCUCCAUGGCUGUUCCCCCAACUACGACCUCCACAGAAUGCUCCAGAACCCUAUCAAGGCCCCUUUUGGAGUGAUGGUAUACGGGCAGCAAGAUGGAGACAGACGGAAUCAGAGAGCAUGCUAACCUCGCCUCAGGGAAAAACUAUUGUGCUCUAGCUAUUUUGCCAUUUAACCCUUGACUCGUGAUUUUAUUAGUUUAUCAGUUUAUGAUUUCAUUCGACAUACCUGAAUAACUUGAGUAACUUGAGUUGAAGUUGCAUGAAAGGUUGUGAGUUGAUUGGACUACUUCAAACUCUUGAGAGUGAAAUUGAGGGCAGAGAGAAUUUGACGCAGUGGCCUCUCAGGACUAGGCCCCACCCCAGCCCCACGCUAGUGUGAUGCAUGUUAUGAGCAGCCCGUCGCUGACCAAUGAGACAGAGUACUGCAGCAGUGAGGGCAGCAUCAGCGCCGCCACCACCGCCAGCACCACCAGCACCACCUCCGACCUCUCUCCAAUGUUGGGCCACAUCCCCUCCGCUUCUACUCUCCCCUCUCCCUUCCCCAAUGAACCCCCCCUGCACCCUACCACACUACCACACCACUACACCCCACCGCCACCACCACCCCUGCCCCCGAACACCCCUCCUCCCCCACCACCAACCUCCCUCUCCAGCCACGGUGUGUGGAAGAAGCGGCAGGUGCGGAGCUUUUUCUGGAAGCCCAUCCCAGAGGAGAAGGUGCGGGGCCAGCCCAACAUCUGGACCAUGGCGGUGCGCUGCCAGCAGCAGUACCAGAUCGACGUGCGCUCCGUGGAGGAGCUGUUCGGCCAGCAGGAGGAAGUGCAGGGCCGGGGGUGUGUGCCCGCCACCAGUGGAUCCUCCUCAGCCCGCAUCACCCGGUCCAGGUCCUUCAAGGAGAACAAGGACAAGAUCAGCAUUCUGGACUCCAAGCGGGGCAUGAACGUGGGCAUUUUCCUCAGGCAGUUCAAGAAGUCCAAUCACUCCAUCGUGGAGGACAUUCGCCAGGGAGACGGCAAGCUGUACGGAGCUGAACUCCUCAAAGACCUGCUCAAACUCCUGCCCGAGUCUGAUGAGGUAAAGAAACUGAGGGCGUUCAAAGGGGACUCCAGCAAACUGACCCUGGCAGACUCCUUCAUGUAUCUGUUGGUUCAGGUGCCUCGGUUUGAGUUGCGCAUCGAGGCCAUGGUCCUGCGUGAGGAGUUCUUUCAGUCCUGCGCUGUGAUGAGCCGUGAGAUCGAUGUCAUCCGCGUGGCCACCAAAGAGCUGAUGACUUGUGAGGAACUACACGCCAUCCUCCACCUGGUCCUGCAGGCUGGAAACAUCAUGAACGCUGGCGGCUACGCGGGCAACGCCGUGGGCUUCAAGCUGUCAUCGCUCCUCUCGCUGGCCAACACCAAGGCCAACAAACCUGGCAUGAACCUGCUGCAUUUUGUGGCUUUGGAGGCACAGAAGAAGGACGAGAAGCUGCUGAAGUUCCCUGAGAAACUUCAGGACAUCCAGAGCGCUUCCAGAAUAUCAGUGGAAAACAUUGAGUUGGAGUUCUCGUCUCUCUACGUCAGGACCAGAUCCCUGGAGGAGAAGGUCCAGAGUGACCCAGAGCUCCUGGAGCAGCUGGACCCCUUCCUGCAGUGCUCCACAAGGACACUCCAGGACCUGAAGAGGUGUAGGCUGGACCUGCGGAAGGAGGGUAAUGCGCUUAUUGACUUCUUCUGUGAAGACAAGGACACCUUCAUGCUGGAUGAGUGCUUCCGCAUCUUCCAGGACUUCUGUCUCAAGUUCAAAAAGGCUGUCAAGGAUAACCUGGAGCGGGAGCAUAAGGAGGCGGCCAGGCAGCGGCGUCUCAGAGAGCUGGAGGAGAAGCGCUUUGCCUGGAAUGCCGACCAGCAGCAGGCUGCCGGCGCCGGUAAUGGCGGCUUCGGCCGCAGCAGCAGUGAGAAUGACAUGGAUAUGCUCACCAAGGAGGGCCUCCUGGACUUCCUCCAGCAGCGUCCCGCCAGCCCCCACAGCCCCCUGGGUCGUUCAGCCAGCGCCCGUCGCCACCGCCACACCGUGGUCGCCAUGGCCGACCGCGAGCUUCACGACUACCUGGAGCUGUUCGGCAGUGGCGCGGCACUACCAGCAGACUAUGCCAACAAGUUCAACAGCCUGCCGCGCACCGGCCGCACCCUCCAUCGGAGAACCGCCCCCUGGCUUGUGUCCCAGGAUGACAAACACAAGCUGGAGAAUGGGCAGCAGGUGCUGGCCACGUCACACCGGGCUGAGACAGAGCCCAUCAGCCCCUUGGCCAUGUACUCUUCCACAGGCUUUAAUGCCAACGAGGAACCGUAUAACAAUAAUAACAACUACACGACCGUGUCCGAGGGGAGCUAUCUGCCUCGCUCAUGUCAGAACCGUAACAUAUUUCAGAAGACGCCCAACCCCGGAGUGAGCGUCACGGCACAAAUGAACGUCAGCGUGGAGAGGCACACGCUAGUCCCGGGAAUUCAACAGUUUGACCUCCCCAGUCCGAACAAUAACACAAAUCACAUGCACUUUGUUGACCACAAAGACGUGGUGGUAACGGACUUAGAAAUGGAGAAGGAGUCUCCAAAGACACUCAUUUUGGAUACCCCUCCUCCUUGUCCAAAGAGUUUGGAAAGAGGACCAGAGCCCGUGGCAUGGGAAGGUAAAAUGCCGUCCUCUCAGUUUGUGGUGGGCUCGCUUCAGAAGGAGGACAAGGAGGACAGCAGCACCGUCUCCUCAACCACCUGCAAUAUGCCCCUCCCUCUUGACCCCUCCGUAUCCAAUAAGAAACCGGUGUUCUACAUCUUAGACUGCACAGAAACGGACUGCUCCGUAGCGCUUGACUACUCUGAGAUCGAAAGCUCGCUUCUAAUGAGGGAAGGAUUGGUCCCCUAUGUAAAAAACACUGACUGGAACAACAUCCAGGGGAACCUUCGAGACCCCAGCUCACUAUCCUCCAACUCCAACUUUGAUUCCGCAUCCAAAACCGAUCAGUCCGUCUCUGCCUCCACAAAUGAGCUGUCGGCAUCAAAGUCCACAGACAAACGUGCCCCAUCCGUUGGCUCACUCGUCACCAUGGAAGAGGGGGACACAGAUAGCUGGGACACGGCGGAGGCUAGGCAGGUGGACGAGAAAGCUGUACAGACAUAUAGCCCUAAACCAACACACGCCAAGACCAAGAAUGUGUCAAAAGUUUCCAAAAACAGCAAAGUAGGUUGCGGCGUCAGGAUGUUGACCACCACUGAGAACCAGGGCAUGCGGAAGGUGGUGCCCAUCACCAAGCUCAGCCGGACUGGCAGAAACGCAAGGCGGGUGGAGAGACCCGCUGGGGGCCAUGAUGGUGCCAGGCAGCCGCUCAUCGACAAGAGCACCCCAGCCAGGGAGCGGGGUGAGAAAACCGGUAGGCCCGCCCGCCACUCCAGCUUGCCCCCAGAGGAGACCAAAUCCCAGGGGAAUGUUGGCCUCUCUGGCUGGGCACGUGACCUCAACCCGCGAAAACCCUCCUUCCGCAAGCCCAGCGCCAAGCCGCUGAGGAACCUGCCCAAGCCACCACCAGAGGAGAAGAUGUGCCGCUCCACCAUGAGAGCCCUGGCUGCUCAGGCCCAAGGUCAGGUUAGGACACCCUCUGAGGCUAGCGCUCCCGAGACACCUACUCACAGCUCCAAAACCCCAUCAGCCACCCUGCCUGGCUGGGCACGCAACACUGUGGCCUCCUCCUCUCGGACCACCAAGAAGGAACUCGCUCCAACCCUCUCCAACCCCCCGACCCCCUCCAGGAGCCCCUCUCUCCUGUCCCGGAGCAGCUCCCAGAGUCAAGCACCCGCUCGGUCUCCAGCCGCUGCCACAACCACACCUCCUGCCAAAGGAGGGCAGCAUUCACCCCGGGGGGAGGAGAAGGAGAAGGCCCAAGGGGGUGGUCUGCAGAAGGUGCAGAGCGUCAGGGCAUCAAGCCGGACGAGCACCCAGCGUAGCGACACCCCCCCAUCGCCGCCCACCCGCGAGCGCUCACGCAAGAGCAGCAGCUUCUCUGAAAAAUCUGUCCAAUCUACUACGUCAUGUAAGACCAUCAAGCCCACCUGGAAGUAGAAAUCAAAUAUGGUGGAACUUGAUUGGAGCAAGAGAGGAAGAAAUGUACUAUGGUUUUACCCACAUACAGUAGACUAACAUUUUGUGUCCUCUUUCAUUAGCUACUCUAAGACAUACCACCUCAUCCAUAUGAAGUCAUUAUGCAGGGCUCCGUCAACACGUAUUGUAUGAACUGCAAAAAUAUAUAAUGCACUGUAUAAGAUUAUUUCUUCAUGAGCCCCCGUUUGUUUUUGAGCAUUCUUCACAGGGAGACAGAACUGACAAAUGGCAAAAUCCCCCUUUUUUCCUCCUUUGCCUGCUUUGUGGUCUUAAACUAUAUGUAAUAAGGUAUAAUAACAUGUCAAAAUAGAAGAAGAAUUAUUAUGCUUUUUUUACAACCCAUUUUAAGAUGGUGUUUACAUGGUAUUUACUUAAAAACUAUGUGGUAGUAACAAUGGAUAUUUUCUGGUACUCACCUCAAAGAAUUCAACACUAUUGGUAAUUUACUGUUACCAAAUGGUACAUAGAGACACGUGUGUUAAUGAAUCUCAUGUGAUUACUAUACAAUUAUUAGAUAAUUACCAUUUUAACAAGUACUUUCUAGGUAACUACCUGGUAAACAGUGACUGUAAAACGAAGUGUUACUGAAAACCCACCACUGAACAGGUUAGAAUGCUGCUAAUUAGCUUUGACAAUUUGGGGACUGUGUUAGUGUCUUCAUUCAGGGUAUGAGCUUUGUAAGACGCUGCCUUGCUGCUGUUGUGAUUGUGACUUUGAUUUCUGUGGUUCUCUACUUUCCUUUGCACAGCCGUACUAUACAGUAGACUGGAGUCCACACUGAAUAUUGCUUUGUUUUUCACUUUACUGAUUUAGUCUGAGUCUGAUCCGAUAGGGUUAAUUUGGAAUUGGCAAAAAGAGCUGGUCCAAUCAGUGUCCUCUCAGAUACUAUGGGCGGGACAAUAGUGAAAAUAACUAUUCAAGGUCUUAUUCACUAGAAACCAAACGGGGGGACGGAAUAAGAAACAAAGAAACAACGGUUUUCGUUUUCUGUUUGCACUAAUGAAUAUGGCCCUGGCUCAGUGUCAUUGUACUCCUCAGCAGUUGGCCACUGAGUUCCUUUCCCGCUCCACUGAAGUUAUACCUCGGUUAUACUUGACAUUGCAGAAAUAGUAUAUAUUAAAAAAGUCAAAAAUAAAAGGCCAUAGAAGAAAUGCCCAUAGGCCCUAUUCAAUCGAACCGGGUUUCCGGGGUUACUGUAAGUUAAAUAUACAUUAUUGUUGAUGUGCUGCAUUGUCUUGGACAAAAUGAUAUGUGCAGUCAAACAUUAGGAAACUGAACUAUAUUUGAAUUCUAAUUUUGUUUUUCACUUGUUUUGGAAACCUGGUUGUCAGUGUUUGAUUGAAUCAGGUUGUGUACUGAAUCAUUACUAUUGCAAGUACAGAAAGUUAUUGAGUCAUUAUCCUCUGUUUAUGAUACUCUAGUUAGUUAUUUGGUAUGAUUCCACUGUAAAGUUUUACCUUUACCUCUUAGAAUACAGUACAUGCCAAGGGUGUACUUUGUCAUGCAAUGUAUUUUCAUGUACUUGUGGUACUUUUGACAUUUGUAUGUAUGUAUCAAUAACAAUCAAUGUUUCUAAAUGUUCUCGAAAAAACGUCUCCAUUCUAGCAUGGAGUAGAAAUAUUUUUCCGGCUUCAUGCUAUAGCUAGACCAACACUAACGCUAUGAAAAACAACAUUGAACAUGUAGCUCUACAGACUGAAGUAACACCCAACAUGGUGUUGUUUGUCUCUGCGUUUUGUCACAAUAAUCGUCUUUGUAAUCCUUGACUUUUCUACUGUGAAUGUUGUCAUCUCCUGAUUUUUGUACUACUUGACAUUGUGUAAUUGUGUUCCUUGACCGCCACCGGUCGUGAUCAAAGUAAUACUGUAGAUUCUUCAGCCCUGCAAUUGCUCCUCACUAGACUGGUCCAAGAUCAGUUUGUGCUGUCUUGCUGAGUCCUAUGGUUAUUGGCAAGCCAGCACAAACAGAUCUGGAACCAUGCCUGCUUGUCACACCAGUUGCCUUUCAAACAGCAUUGUGACAUUGACAUAAACAACAACAACUAGAUUGCAUUAACUUGAAGCUUGAUGUUGCCGUCCCAUAAUCAGUGUCUCUUAAAUUGUAAAUAAGAGUAGAAAUCCUCCCUACGUUCCAUUGCACCUACCAAAAUAGCUAUUAGACUGGAUACUACAAAUCACGGGCUUAGCCGAUUAGCCAUCCACUCUGUGUACAUAGUGUAAAGACAUACUAUUUUUGAUUAUACGUAGAGCUCGCAAUAUGUUUACACGUAGCAAACUGUAUAUGGAGGCUUGGAAAUAGUGAAGGUGAAAGGAUUCUGUUGACAAGAGGAAGUGGUUAACCAGACUUUUUCCUUUCUUGAAAUUCCCACAAUGAACAUCAUCGUUGUUCACAGAUCAUAUAUUGAGGCACUCAAUUCAACUUGUCUUGAAUCAACAAUGUAAAGCUACUGUACUCUAAGUCUGAGGAUAUCUCAAAAAGCAUAUCUAUACAGUUGUUGUACCAUUUCUGUCUGCAACGUUGAAAACCCACUACUGAAAAUGUUUGAAUGCUGCUAAUUAGCUUUGACAGUUUGAAGACUGUGUUAGUGUCUUAAUUCAGGGUAUGAGCUUUGUAAGACGCUACCUUGCUGCUGUUGUGAUUGUUGUACCAUUUCUGUCUGCAACUCUCAGAGUAAGCUUAAGAGAGCCCAUUUUAAAUCGACCCUACAGGCCACAUCCCUGCAGUAGGCCAUGAUAUGUGUAUCUCCCUGCUCUCUGCAAUGCAAAUGAAGUGAGGCAGUGAAUGUCACAAAAGACCCAGAGGCCAUACGUCAGCCCAGAUGGGCGCGUCUCAAAUGGCACCCUAUUCCCUAUAUAGUGCACUACUUUUGACCAGGGCCCAUAGGGCGCACAAUGCUCCUCUCUCCCUCUCUUUUCCCAUCUACAGUCACAGUCAAACUGUAUGACAGAUCUCUUGUCCACCAGACUUAACACAAUGUCCAGUCAUUUACAAGGAUGGCCCUUUACAAGAGCGGCCUCCCACAUCUUAUCGCACAAUGCCUCCUGCUGCUGGGCUAAUUUUAAGAGGGGCAUGUCGACAAUGGGUGGUCUUGCGUCAGAGCCACUAAAUACGGUGGGACUUCAAUACGAAAUGUCUACCCUUGCAUCCACCCACCACUCUGUCGCCACUUCCUUGUUAUGGGAUGGUAACCAUGACAUCCCGGUCCAGCAGCUCAGUCAGGACGCUGUGAGACUGAACACUAGAAGUGGUCCGUCUGACUAAUAGCCUUAGCCUUUCUAAACUUAGGCCCGACUCCUAAUCAUGACAGAGCAGGCGCCUGGCAACCCAAAACGGUGUUGAAACAUUUGUCCAAUGUUGCCCAACCCAAACCGAAUGGUGGCGAUUAAGAUUUUCCCUUUGAUUGAUUUGAUGUUGGUGGUUUUUCAAGCCAACUCAAGAAGUUGCACGCACACAAUACAGUGACUUCAUCGACAGUAGGCUACAGUUCAUGUUCACCUUCAAAUGUUGACCUUAAAUCACAGUGUGAGCUAUUGGCAUGCAUUCCUAGGUGAUGGACCUACGUGAUGGUGCUUGUGUGUUGGAACUGAAAGCAAGGAGGAAUGUUUUCUAGCCUGAUCCCAGAUCUGUUUGUGCUUUAUAGCCAACAAUAUGAUUGUUGUCAUGGCCUGACAGCGCAAACAGAUCCGGAACCAGACUUGGUGUUUUUUACUGUUUUAAUGUGAUUCUUUAUGGGGAUCAGACUACGCAUAUCUUAGCUAGAGUUCCCACCACUCUAUAUAGCUGCUCCACUUAAUUGCCUUGGUUCUGCUUUGCUGCCUUCUUCUCCAAGUCACUGUCUUCGAUGUUAAUAAACUCAAACUUCUACCUGGAGAAAAUGACUGUAAUCACUAGACUACACAGGGCUGAAUAUUAUAAUGUUAUUCUACAGCACUGAUAAUGUUUUAAAGUUAUGAUGUGAAACAAAAUCAAUAAAAUCACCUGAUGCUGUGUCA